AUUGUAAAACAAUGGACCUGACAAGGAAACGACCUUUUCUACAACCCUGAGUAACUACAAAUCUCAAUGCGCUAAAUGGUUAAACAAAAUGAAGAAAUCGAAAGAAGAAAAAUUGAAUGAUUUGACUAGUCCAAAAUUCAAAUUAUCAUUUAAUCAUCUUUUCCCUAAGCCUGAAGACUCACCUGAAACACGUGAAGAGAAAUUUGAAGCUCUUGCUAACACUUGGAGGCCUGGAAUUGAUUUGAUCGCCUUAACCAGAGGUCCUUUAAUCACCAUGAGUGUGGCUUCAUUUACACAAUUACCUUUUCUAUUUGCUGUUCGUAAAUAUUUAAAGGUAAUUUCAUUCAAUAAAUUUAUGGCUGUUACAUCUUCGGUCGCAAUGGCCGCUGGUGCAUCUUUUUUGAUCACAAAUCAACAACUAGACACAAUUAUCCGAGGUGAAGUUAAUUGUGCCGAAUGUCACCUCAUAAGAACCGGUGCUUAUCAAUUCCUUUUCAGUUCGGCUUUUCCUUCAUCCGGUGCCAUCUUUAUUUCCAUUCUAAGUGCCCUUAACAAUCCCGGUAUCACUCUUCCAAUCGAUGUUCUAGAUCGAUGGGCAUCAACCAAAGAAGGAAUCAAAAUAGUGAGCAGAUCACUUUUCAAGCGAAAUCUUCUCCUAGGAUUUGCUGCUUUAUCGAUUUUAAAUAUCUCCACCGGAAUCGCAGUUAUUUACUUUGCAAUGAAACAAUAUCACGAUGUUCAUGUUGCCUUAUUAGCAGAAAAUUCCCAAAAAAUAGUAAUCUAAUUUGAAAUUGCAACAAACAAAAUUCACAACCCAAAUCUCGUUAAAAAAACGACUGUAUAGAUGUUUAGGUCAUUUAAAUUAAAUUGUAUUUGUUUGCAGCAAAAUUGAAAAUUUGCUGUUUGCAAAACCAAAUUAGCAAACUAAAUUGUUUUCUAAUGAAAAAGCAAUAACAAAUCAGUUGAUUGUUACCCAACGGAUGAGAGGAAUACUCAAGGAUAAUGAAAAAUAUCAAGGAUCGAUAAAGGUGCUGGUUAAUCAAUUGGAAUUCAAAAAAUGUCAAAAUUAAAAGGUAACGAUUAAGUUAAUUGUUAACCAAUGGAACCAAUGGAUUUUCUGUUUUCCAAAAUCAAA